UGGCCAGCUCAGCCCUGGGGGCGUGUGUGAGAGAUGGUGGGACGUGAGUGAGACAUGCGCUUUUGCCGCCACCCCGCUUCCCCCUCUCCUUUUCUCGCGGACGUGAGAGGCGUCAGGGAGGAAAAAGAGGAUUAGGGGGUUAAGGGGCGGUGCCUGCGCGCCGGCGCGUGGGCGUGCCCGUUGGGCGCGUGCGUACAGGAGACCCAGGGGCGGGGCGGUGUGGGGGCGGGGCUCUUCGCGCACAUAGCUCGUCUUGUUUUGGUUGUUAUCCUCCCUGCUGCUGUUGCCUCCGACCGGAGAGCUCCGCGGUCGCGACAAGACGCUUCCCUCCCCGCCCCUCCCGUCGCCAUGUCCUCCCCUCAGGACUCGCCUCACCACAACAAUAACAACAACCCGCCGCCUGAGGGGACGCCAGCCGAGCCGGGCCUUAACAGCUCCUGGGUAGAACUGCAAAUGAACGGAAAUGGCAACGACAAUGGCAAUGCGAAAAAUGGGGGGCUGGAACAUGUUCCUUCUUCAUCUUCCAUUCAUAAUGGAGACAUGGAGAAAAUCCUUCUAGAUGCUCAGCAUGAAUCAGGGCAGAGCAGUUCAAGGGGUAGUUCUCACUGUGACAGCCCAUCUCCUCAAGAAGAUGGACAGAUAAUGUUUGAUGUGGAAAUGCAUACAAGUAAAGACAAUAGUUCUCAGUCUGAAGAGGAAGCUGUAGAAGGAGAAAAGGAGGUGGAAGUCUUGAAGAAAAGUGCUGACUGGGUAUCUGACUGGUCAAGUCGUCCUGAAAACAUUCCUCCCAAGGAGUUUCACUUCAGACAUCCUAAACGAGCAGUAUCUUUAAGUAUGCGGAAGAGUGGAGCCAUGAAGAAAGGUGGCAUUUUCUCAGCUGAGUUCCUAAAGGUUUUCAUACCAUCUCUGUUCAUAUCUCAUGUUUUGGCUUUGGGACUAGGCAUCUACAUUGGAAAACGGCUGACUGCACCUUCAGCUAGCACAUAUUGAAAGAAGCAGUGCACAAACCCUGGAGAUCCUUGUGAUAUGUGAAGGUGUUGAUGUCACACUAGUACAUUUGAACUUGACAAUUUUGAGCAUGACCCUUCCUAGCCUCCACCUUGUCUUUACAUAUCCAGGUUCCAGUAACUCUUGGAAUUCAGUAUUGUAUCAGAACUCUGUGGGGGGUAUUUCACUAGUUUCCCCUCUCCCUUUUCCCAGCCCAUUCCCCCACCCUGCAAGACACAUCAGAAUUGCCUAACAGAGUUUACAAAUGCCUAUACGUUGCAAGGGCUUCUUUCAGUGCAAAAUGCCACCAGCAAAUUAUAAUUUUAUCAAUGAAAGCUGUUGUCUCUUUACUGCAGCAAGGAGUAAUCUGCACAGUGUAUGAGUGAACUGUUUAUAAUAAUCUUCUCUUUAAAAAAAACAUUAAAAAUUAACUGAAGUUGGUUUUAAAACAAAGUUAUUGGUAGUUUUAAAAUGUAGCUUAUUCUAAAACUUUUGGCUAAAUGCCAAAAAAAUGCCUCCUUCAAACCUAUGGAGGCAAAAACUGCAUAAAAAUCAAAGCAGAAUAAACAUGGAUUCAUCAGCAACUUUUAAUACUGAAUAAUUGUCAUUAUCUUGUCUUUUCUAUGAAGUAGUGAGUUUCUUUCAGGUUAAAAAAACCCCUUUCCAACAUCUAGAGAUUCUUUUAAAAAAGGAUCACUUUCUUUGCAUGUGAAGAAGCUUUUUAUUAUUCCUUAGAAUUUUAUUUAAUGAACGUUUUCCUUUUAAAAGUAGUUUGACUUGAAGUAUUUCUUGAAGUAUUUAGGCUCCAUGUAAAAGGAGAUUCUGCUUACUAUGGAACCACAUACAAUUUAUGAAGAGAUGGUUGUUUCAGCAGCUACUGAGGGAUCAUUCCUGGAAAUAGUCUUAUAGUUAUGUAAAACAAUUGUACAAAGCUCUGAAAUGAGAUUCAUUAUUGCCAUUUUUCAUGGUUCACUGUUGAAUCUCCCUUGGAGAUACCUUGAGAUCCUAAGGUUCUUAGUGACAUCUUGUAUAGCUAGGUAGAAAUUUCGCUAAUGGGAACACUCAGCUUUGCCCCACCUUUCAGAGCCUUUUUUUUCCUCAGAAUGUGAUGGCUUUUGCUCCAAAUUGCUUCAGAGCAAAUGGAGAUCCCUAAGUAGAUUUGUACUGGAUUUUGAAACAUGUAGCGUAUCUCUAAAGGAUUAGAAUGAUGUUUUAUAUAUAAAUAAUAGACUUUAAUACUGCAUAUUUAGAGAACCAUUAUUAAUAUUAAAAUUAGCACAAUGCCAUUGAACUAGAAUGCAUUAGACUUGCAGGUAAAAGGUGGCAUUCCAGUGGAAACAAAUAACUAAUGUUUCUGUUUUAAUCAGAUAUCUGAAAGCUGUGGGGGGAGAGGGCUUGACAGUGUAAGCAUAGUGGCUAACGGCUAGUUGAAACAGGUAAAGUUUGUAAAACAGAAGUCAUAAACAGGAAAUCCAUUUCAAAAGUUUAUGGGUGUGUUUAAUCUUUGAUUAUGGCAACACUUAAAAGUCUAGUAACAUCUGGGUUUUCCACCUUCUGUUUGGAACAGUAGCCUUUGUAUUGCUUGCAGCUAUGUAUUUAUUUUCUGUGUGGUUAUUGGAAUGGUUUUGAGGUGAUUUCAACACAGUGAGGAUGUGUUUUUAAAAAAGAAAAUCAAACUAUAGCAAACCCAAGUGAAGCUAAGAGUCUGAUUUCUUAUUCAACACUAUUGUACAUCCUUUUGCAAAGAAAAAGUGGAAUGUGGAAAUGUAUAUGAAAUUGGGAACAUGGUUGUUAAAAAAAUAAAACUUCACACCUUUCCAAAUUACUUGAUUGACCUGCAAAAUGCUGUGUGAGAACACUAAUGUAUCUACCUGCUUACGACUAUACCUUAAUAUUUCGGAUGGCAGUGAGAUUGCAAUUACUGGAGGGGGAAAUGCCAUUGGCCUUUGAAUACCUGAUCACUGUUGAGCAUGUUGUCAUGAAAUAAUACAAAACAGUAUUUUCUGAGAAAUGACCGUAAGCUUGGAAUGAAAGACCAUGACUUUUUGUAAUACUAUGAAAUGGACCAGGUUGUUAUGUAAACUUGAGCAGGGCAAUCUACUAUAAAGCUUUGUUAAGAUAAACCUUGUUAAAUAGCUUUAUACCUGUUUACAGUUUUGGGUGGAAAUGCAAGCCUUGUUUCGAUAUGUUGAGAGGUGGAGAAACUGGCUUGAAAUAUUUGUACAUAGGAUCAAGCAAUGCAUAAACUCGCACAUUAAGGAAAACAGCAGACUGAACUCGGGCGGGGGCAGGGGGAGGUAGUGGAAUCCUUAUUAACUUCUAAAAAGUGAAAACUGAUACUCUGGAUAUCACUUUUUUUUCCAAAAAGAGACAUUGCUGAAAUUAUUGGACUUAACUGAGCCAAAGUGAUUAUGCAUUCUUCAUAUUUAGUUAGCACUUUGUAACAUUAUAUACAGUUUACAGUACAUGUAUAAGUUGUAGCUAUGAACAUUUUGUGCCAUUAAAGCUGUCACAAAAA